AUGGCGGAGCGGCGCGUAUCGCGCUGGUACUUCGGCGGCCUCGCUUCGUCCGGGGCCGCCUGCUGCACCCACCCGCUGGACCUGCUCAAGGUCCACCUGCAGACGCAGCAGGAGGUGAAGAUGAAGAUGACGGGGAUGGCGAUGCAUGUGAUCCGCACUGACGGCUUCCUGGCUCUCUACAACGGGCUCAGCGCCUCGCUCUGCCGGCAGAUGACAUAUUCCUUGACUCGCUUUGCCAUCUACGAGACCACAAGGGACCGUUUGAGCCAGGGCAACAAGGGGCCUCCCCCCUUCUACCAGAAGGUGAUGAUGGGUGCACUGGGAGGUUUCACCGGCGGGUUGGUGGGGACCCCGGCAGACCUGGUGAACGUCAGGAUGCAGAACGACGUGAAGCAGCCACCCUCUCAGCGGCGCAACUAUUCCCAUGCCCUGGACGGCAUGUACCGUGUCUUCCGGGAAGAGGGCUUGAAGAAACUCUUCUCGGGAGCUACGAUGGCAUCCAGCCGAGGGGCCCUGGUCACUGUUGGGCAGCUCGCCUGUUAUGACCAGGCCAAGCAGCUGGUUCUCUCGACUGGGUUGCUGUCAGACAACAUCUUCACUCACUUCCUGGCCAGCUUCAUCGCUGGUGGAUGCGCCACAUUCCUGUGCCAGCCCCUGGACGUGCUCAAGACCCGCCUCAUGAACUCCCAGGGCGAGUACCGGGGUGUUGCCCACUGUGCCAUGGAAACCGCCAAGCUCGGCCCCCUCGCCUUCUACAAGGGCUUCGUUCCUGCUGCUGUCCGGCUCAUUCCUCACACCAUCCUCACCUUUCUCUUCCUGGAACAGUUACGCAAACAUUUUGGGAUUAAAGUGACCACCUGAGUAGGAGAGAGAGGCCCUGCCUCGCCCCGGGGGGGUGAGCGUGCGGGUCACCGCUGGGAUCCCAGAACCCUCUUCCCUUCUCUCUGGGGCCAGCGUUGCUCCCCCUGCCCUCAUUCCCACUCCUGUGCCUUGCCAGUGCCCGUGGCCAACUGGUUCCAGACCCCCCCUCCCUCUCUCACCCCCCCUUCUCAGCACCUCCAUUACCUCUGGGCUAUUCUUGGCCUCUUGUCCCCUCUGCACUGUUGGUUUGGGGUGGCUUUUUUUUCUUUUUCCUUUCUUCCCACUGCCCUACUGGCCACAAGUCCUGCCCGUGGCUCCCUCAGCCCCAUCCCUUGUGUGCCUCCCGGGAUGGGGACUGUGCUGUCCCCGGGAUCUAGCCCUGGGCUCUGUGCCUGCUCUCGGAGCCUCGUGGGGCUGGGGGGGCCAGUUCCACUUGUGCCCACACCACAGCAGGGUGGGCAAGCAGCAAGG